ACCCUGGUAGCGCUUAUCGUUAUCGUCGACCCAUUUUUCGAUAGCAAAAAAAAAAAAAAACUGCAAAAAAUCUAAAUUCUCGGCGUAAUUAAUAAGUAAAUAGCGUAGUUAAGCAUAAGCCGCCCACAACCACAUCCACUCCAGACGGACCCAGGACCCCCAGACCCAGUCGAGAUGUCGCUCAAGCCGAAAAUAGUGGAGUUUGUGGACGUCUGGCCGCGCCUGCGCUGCAUUGCCGAGUCGGUGAUAACACUAACCAAAGUGGAGCGGUCAGUGUGGAACACAAGCUUCAGCGAUGUUUACACGCUAUGCGUGGCGCAGCCGGAACCUAUGGCUGACCGGCUCUACAGCGAAACAAAGCACUUCCUCGAGCAGCACGUCCAGGAGAUGUUGACAAAGAAGGUACUCACGGACGAGGAGGGCAGGCCAGACCUGCUGCAAAGGUACUACACCACCUGGAUGGAAUACAGCCAGGGCAUCAAGUACCUACACCAGUUGUACAUCUAUCUGAACCAGCAACACAUUAAGAAGCAGAAGAUCACUGACACAGAGUCCUUCUACGGCAACCUCUCCAGCGACGCCGCCGAGCAAAUGGAGAUCGGUGAGCUGGGCCUUGACAUCUGGCGGCUGUACAUGGUCGAGUAUCUUGCCAGCGAACUGGUUCGCCAUAUUCUCGAGGGCAUCGCCGCCGAUAGAGCCAGCAACGGUAGCCUGGACCACCACCGCGUGCAAAUUAUCAACGGAGUGAUCCACAGCUUCGUGGAGGUGCAGGACUACAAGAAGGCGGGCUCCCUAAAACUCUACCAGGAGCUCUUCGAAGGUCCCAUGCUGGAGGCGAGCGGCGCUUACUACACCGACGAAGCCAAUAAGCUGCUACAGCGCUGCUCCGUGUCCGAGUACAUGCAGGAGGUGAUCCGAAUAUUGGAGUACGAAAGUCGGCGUGCUCAAAAGUUUCUGCAUGUCAGUUCCCUGCCAAAGCUGCGAAAACAGUGCGAGGAGAAGUUCAUCAAUGACCGGCUGGGCUUCAUUUACUCCGAAUGCAGCGAAAUGGUGUCGCAGGAGCGGCGCCAGGAUCUCCGAAACAUGUACAUCGUGCUCAAGCCCAUACCCGACACUUUAAAGAGCGAGCUAAUCACCACGUUCCUGGAACACAUCAAGAGCGAGGGCUUGGCCACAGUGUCCUCGCUUAAGGGUGAAAAUAUCCACAUUGCUUUCGUCGAGAACAUGUUGAAAGUGCAUCAAAAGUACCAGGAGCUCAUCGCCGAUGUGUUCGAGAACGAUUCGCUCUUCCUCAGCGCCCUGGACAAGGCUUGCGCCAGCGUGAUCAACCGUCGCCCCACCGAACGGCAGCCGUGUCGCAGUGCCGAAUACGUCGCCAAGUACUGUGAUACGCUUCUGAAGAAGUCGAAGACAUGCGAGGCGGAGAUCGACCAGAAGCUAACCAACAACAUAACCAUCUUCAAGUACAUAGAGGACAAGGAUGUGUACCAGAAAUUUUAUAGUCGUUUGCUGGCAAAGCGACUUAUUCACGAACAGAGCCAGAGCAUGGACGCGGAGGAGGGAAUGAUCAAUCGCUUAAAGCAAGCCUGUGGCUACGAAUUUACAAAUAAACUGCAUCGCAUGUUUACGGACAUUUCGGUAUCGACAGAUUUGAACAAUAAGUUUAAUACUCACUUAAAGGACAACAAUGUGGAUUUGGGCAUCAAUCUUUCGAUUAAGGUUCUGCAAGCGGGAGCCUGGCCCUUGGGAUCAACGCAAGUUAUACCAUUCGCAGUGCCCCAAGAGUUUGAGAAAUCGAUUAAAAUGUUUGAGGAUUAUUACCAUAAGUUGUUUAGUGGUCGCAAGCUAACCUGGUUGCAUCACAUGUGCCAUGGCGAGCUCAAGCUGAGUCAUUUGAAAAAGUCAUAUAUCGUCACGAUGCAAACGUACCAGAUGGCGAUAAUUCUGUUAUUCGAAACUUGUGACAGCCUUAGUUGUCGGGAAAUCCAGAAUACGCUCCAGCUGAAUGACGAAACGUUUCAGAAGCAUAUGCAGCCAAUGAUCGAGUCGAAGCUGUUGAAUGCCAGCUCAGAGAAUCUCGCCGGGGAGACUCGAAUUGAAUUGAAUUUGGAUUACACAAAUAAGCGUACAAAGUUUAAAAUUAGCUCGGCACUGCAAAAGGAGACCCCCCAGGAGGUGGAGCACACUAUCAAUUCAGUGGACGAAGAUCGAAAAUUGUUCCUGCAAGCUGCUAUCGUAAGAAUAAUGAAAUCGCGCAAAGUCUUGAAGCACAAUGCCCUAAUACAGGAGGUUCUCUCAUUAUCAAAGGUUAGCUUUACGCCCAACAUAGCAAUGAUCAAGAAAUGCGUGGAAUCGUUAAUUGACAAACAAUAUAUCGAGCGAACUGCGAAUUCUGGCGAUGAAUACAGCUACAUGGCUUAGACUGCGGCAGAGAUUAUUUAAUAUAAACAAUUAAUGAAAUCCCCCAAGACCACAUAAAGAAAACCCCCCAUACAAAUACAAAGAAUAAUUGUUAAUCAAGCCGGCUUAUUAUCUAUCGUUUAAAGCAAACUCAUAAAUAGACAGGAUUUCACACAAAACAAAAAAAAUAUUCAAAUCUGAGUGUUAAAACUUGAAACAAAAAUAUCCUUAAAUUAAAGAUAAAGAAAUGAUUUUCUCGAUCUGUAAUGAUGGAAGAUGUGUGUCGAACGAACGCUGUUACUGAUACUUUUAAUUUAGUUUAGUUAGUUUCCCCGUUUUGAUUUAAUGCGUGCGUCCAUUAUCUUUGUAGAUAUAUUCCUUUUGUGUAAUGUGUAUAUUUAUCUGGUUUUAUGCGCACACGCACAAAGCAGAAUCCCUGGAGAAUGUAUAAUAAAACACACAAAUAGCCAA